AUGAAGCUUCAACUCGCAUUCCUCUUUGUGCAGCUAGCUGUAGCUCUGCCCACAGAAUUGCUGAGCAGCGAUGCUGAAAUGACAGCCCGCAGCAUCGACAUCACGGAGCGAAGCUCAACCUUGGAAGAUCGCCAGGCCGCUAUUAGCAUCGAUCAGCGAUUCAAGAAUAAGGGCAAGGUCUACUUCGGAACUGCCACGGACCGCGCCUUGCUGCAGAGGGACAAGAACGCAGCAAUCAUCAAGGCCAACUUCGGUCAAGUCACGCCAGAGAACAGCAUGAAGUGGCAAUCUAUCCAGCCGAACCAGGGUCAGUUCAACUGGGGCGACGCCGACUAUCUCGUGGAUUUCGCCACACAGAACGGCAAAUCAGUCCGUGGCCACACUCUCGUCUGGCACUCCCAGCUUCCCACAUGGGUUUCGAACAUCCGUGAUGCCAACACGUUACGGAGCGUGAUCCAAACCCACGUGUCCACCGUCGUAGGACGCUACAAAGGUCGUAUUCGCGCCUGGGACGUUGUCAAUGAAAUCUUCAACGAGGAUGGCACCCUCCGCAGCUCAGUCUUUUCCAACGUGCUGGGUGAAGAGUUUGUCAAGAUCGCGUUCCAAGCGGCCCGCGCCGCCGACCCCAACUGUCGCCUCUACAUCAAUGACUACAACCUAGAUCGUGCCGGGGUCAGCAAGGUCAACUUGAUGCGGUACUACGUCGAUAAGUGGAUUUCUGAGGGAGUCCCUAUUGACGGCAUUGGUACUCAAACGCAUCUCAGUGCUGGUAUGGGUAGUGCUGUGCGUGGCGCCCUUGAUCAACUCGCCUCAGCCAAAGUCACUGAAAUCGCCAUCACCGAGCUCGACAUUGCGGGGGCACCCACUGCUGACUACAAUGCCGUCGUCAGCGCCUGUUUGGCCGUCCCCAAGUGCUGGGGUAUCACCGUAUGGGGUGUUAGUGACAAGGACUCGUGGAGAACGGGAGCGAACCCCCUCCUCUUCGAUUCCAGCUUCAACCCCAAAGCGGCAUACAACUCCAUUGUCCAACUCCUUGGAUGA